UCAAAUCACCAAGAGCAGUAAAUUGGCCAAGGAUGACGCAAAAAGCCCUUGUAACAGGCGCCAGCGGCCUUCUCGGGCGCCAGGUACUCAAUGCUUUCAAGAAGGACGUCAAUUGGGAAGCGGUUGGCCAAGGCUUCACAAGAGCUGCCCCUCCAGACAUUGUCAAGGCGGACCUCACCAACCCCUCCGAAAUUGAGAGUUUACUAGACGAGGUGAAACCGCAAGUUGUCGUACACUGCGCCGCCAACCGAUUUCCAGAUCAGUGCGAUGCCCACCCUGAUCUCGCCCGUAAGGUGAAUGUCGAAGCCACCAAAGCCCUCGCGAAAGCAACCUUACAAAGAUCCAUUCUUCUCAUCUACAUUUCUACGGACUACGUUUUCCCUGGUCGUCCUGGGGAAGCACCGUAUGAGACCUCAUCGCAGACCGAGCCCCCGAAUAUCUACGGCCAAACCAAGCUUGACGGGGAGAUCGCGGUUAUUGAAACCACUCAGGGUUCGGGAAAGGGAGUGGUCCUACGAGUACCUGUUCUCUACGGUUCUGCUGAUACCAACAGUGAAAGCGCGGUAAACGUUUUAAUCGACGCGGUAUGGAAGGCACAAGACGCCGAUGCCAAAGUAAAGAUGGAUGAUUGGGGACAGAGAUACCCUACCAACACAGAGGAUGUAGGAAGAGUAUGCCACGAUAUUGCGGUUAAAUAUCUCGGCGAGCAGGAGAGGGCUGCCUCAUUUCCAACGAUCCUUCAAUUCUCGUCGGAGGACAAGGUGACUAAAUACGAAAUGUGCGAGAGAUUCGCUGAAAUCCUUGGAUUGCCGUUGUCGGGAAUGGAGAGGAUAAAGCAAGGUGGUACGCCUGGCAAUGGUGUGCAACGCCCAUUCGACACACAUCUAUCCACUAAAGCGCUGAAGGAGCUGGGUAUACCAGUUGAUACCCAGGACUUUGUGAGUUGGUGGAGACGAGAACUCCGUGCCUAUCGGCAUUAAAACCCAUUACAUCCGGCUCCGUCGGCUCCGGUUCUUUAUAGAAGGGCAGGAUCGCAAGAUAAAGUGCAUCUCGCGAAAGCACCCGUUAAUACGCGCUGGAGGACAAGUGUGCUUUGGAAAUUGAAAUUGGGAUCAGCUUUUAACUUCUUUGUGAACUUAGAAUUUAGCCACCCGAGAGUCAAUGGUUGCUCCUCUGUUUAACGCCAAUGAAACCGGAGACAUCCAAGAAAAUGAGCAAAGGAGCAAAUUGGACGGGAGAUGCAGAUUGGUUCUUGCGGUUACCGGCCGCGUUAUAGAUUAUGACGGCUCACAUUAAAGU